AUGUUUGUGACAGUGUUUUUUUACGUGGGAUCGGUGGUGGUCGUGAUGCUGACGCACUGGAUUUACCGGUGGAGGAAUCCCAAGUGCAACGGGGCCCUCCCACCGGGGUCGAUGGGAUGGCCGCUUCUGGGCGAGACGUUGCAGUUCUUUGCCCCUAACACCACUUCUGCAAUCCCUCCCUUCGUGAACGAGAGAAUGCAGAGAUAUGGGCCGAUUUUCAAGACGAGCUUGGUGGGGCGAGCGGUGAUAGUCUCGACGGAUGCAGAUCUGAAUUAUUUUAUAUUUCAAAAAGAGGGAGAGUUGUUUCAAAGUUGGUACCCGGAGACGUUUACACGAAUAUUUGGGCGCCAAAAUGUAGGUUCGUUGCAUGGGUUCAUGUACAAGUACCUCAAGAAUAUGGUGCUCAAUUUGUUUGGCCCCGAGAGCCUCCGAAAGAUGCUCCCCGAAGUCGAGCAGGCUUCAUGCUCUGCCUUGGAAAUGUGGUCCUCCCGGCCUACUAUCGAUCUCAAGGAUGCCGCCGCACAGAUGAUAUUUGAUCUUGCUGCGAAGAAGCUAAUCAGCUACGAAUCCAAGGAUUCGUCGGAGAAUUUGAGAGGGAAUUUUGAAGCAUUUAUACGAGGGCUCAUCUCCUUCCCCUUGAACAUUCCUGGAACAGCGUACAAUAAAUGUGUACAGGGAAGAAAGAAGGCGAUGAAGAUGCUCAAGGACAUGCUCCAAGAAAGACGAGAAAAAGCACGAAAAAAACAGACUGAUUUCUUCGAUUAUGUGUUGACAGAAAUGGAACGAAAGGAUACGAUGCUAACUGAGGACAUAGCUUUAGACCUCAUGUUUGUGUUGCUCUUCGCCAGCUUUGAAACCACGUCCUUGGCGCUCACCUUGGCCAUCAACUUCCUCCUUCACCACCCGGCCGCCCUAAACCAACUCACCGCUGAGCACGAGGCCAUUAUUAGGAGGAGGGAAAAUCCGGAGUCUGGACUAACAUGGCAAGAAUAUAAAUCAAUGAAAUUCACAUUUCAGUUUAUAAGUGAAACAGUGAGGCUGGGUAACAUAGUCCCAGGGAUAUUCAGAAAGGCGAUGAGAGAAAUCAAAUAUAAGGAAUAUACAAUUCCAGGUGGUUGGGCUGUGAUGGUGUGCCCUCCAGCUGUGCACCUCGACCCUGCCAGAUAUAGUAACCCACUUGACUUCAACCCAUGGAGAUGGGAGGGAAUAGACACCAACAGUGCAUCAAGAAACUUCAUGGCAUUUGGAGGUGGCAUGCGAUUCUGCGUUGGAGCCGAUUUUACUAAGUUGCAAAUGGCUGUCUUUCUACACUGCUUCGUAACAAAAUACAAGUGGAAAGCAAUAAAGGGAGGAGAAAUUGUUCGAACACCCGGCUUGCAGUUCCCAAAUGGUUAUCACAUUCAACUAUCCAAAAAGAUGAACCAUUAA